AAUCUUACGGUCACUGUCUAAACUUACGUUUGACAUGAGCUAGCAGCACUGACGGGUAGUGGGCAGUUUUAUACGAAUACGAAUGGCUCGUUUAAUAAUUUACACGAUUUCAAGGUAAACGAGUUAUGGCAGCAAUUUUACCAGAUUCAGAUAGUGAGGACGAGUUGCCACCUGCUUGGGAGGAGAGAACUACCAGUGAUGGCAGCGUUUAUUAUGUGAAUCAUUCAACUCAUGGUACGCAGUGGACUCAUCCUAGAACAGGAAAAAAGAAAAUGGUCUCUGGAGAACUGCCAUUUGGAUGGGAGAAGAGUAUUUCUGAAGAUGGAAAAAUAUUUUAUGUUGAUCAUAUAAAUCGUCGAACAACAUACACUGACCCACGAUUAGCAUUUGCUACUGAAGAAAAGGAGCAUCCUCAUGAUUUUCGCCAGCGUUUUGAUGGUUCAACAACUGCUUUACAAAUUCUUCAUGGGAGAGAUCUCACAGGAAAGGUUGCUAUUGUUACUGGUGCCAACACCGGUAUUGGAUAUGAAACGGCACGCUCUCUGGCUUUCCAUGGAUGCACCGUUAUUUUUGCCUGCCGAGAUGUUGACAAGGCCCAAGAUGCAAUAGAAAAGAUCAAAGUGGAUCGACCACAUGCUAAAUGCAGUGUUUUGGAGCUGAACUUGAAUUCGUUACUCAGUGUAAAGACCUUUGCUACUACUUUCAAAAUUCAGCACAGGAAAUUAGAUAUGCUAGUUCUUAAUGCUGGCAUAUUUGGUUUGCCUUUUACCCUUACUCCGGAUGGUUAUGAAACAACAUUCCAAGUAAAUCAUUUGAGUCACUUUUACCUGACACUUCUGCUGGAACCCACAUUAUCUGCUGGAUCACGUGUUGUAGUUGUUUCUUCUGAAAGUCACAGGUUUUCAAACAUUACCAGCAGUUCAAUAAGUCAAAGUACUCUCUCUCCAAACUCUGCCAAUCAGUAUUGGAGCAUGAUGGCCUACAACAAUUCCAAAUUGUGUAAUAUACUAUUUGCCACAGAACUAGCUAGGAGAUGGGAAAGCAAAGAGAUAUGUGUUAAUUCUCUUCAUCCUGGAAAUAUGGUCAGUACUGACCUAAGCCGUUACUGGUGGUUUUAUAGACUGCUAUUUGCUUUCGUACGACCCUUCACAAAAUCUCUGCAACAAGCAGCUGCAACUUCUGUGUAUUGUGCUACAGCCAUUGAUUUGGAAAAUGUGUCUGGAUUGUAUUUUAAUAACUGUUGCCGAUGUGAACCAAGUGCACCUUCUCAAGAUCCAGACUUGAGUAGAGUACUUUGGGAAUUGAGUGAACAAAUGAUAGAAAAUGUAAUGGGAAAAGGUGCUUUUACCAUAAUUCAGGAACAGGAGGAAAAAUAAAAGUUGACUUAUCCCUGGUUUUAUGCCUUAUUUAAUAUGCUUAAUUUUUGUAUAUACUCAAAUGAAUAUGAAUUAUUACAUUUUUAUCUUUGAUAUGGCAUUGUAUUAUUUUCCCUUUCAGAGGUCAUUAUUUCAGUACUCUCCCUGUUUCUCCAUAGGACCUCUGGUCUUUUUAUGGCAAUUUUGCAACCACAUAAAAUACCUUUGGCAUCCCUUUCAUUUUUAAUAACCGUAAGCUGCCCUAAGGUUUCAGGUUGGGGGAAUGGCCCUAUUUUAGCUGGAAGAAGGAGAAAACACUUAUUCUUCCUUUCAGAAGUCAUUCAU